AUGUGCAGAAGAAAACAGGAAGCGUGUUUCAUGUAACGUUAGGUUGAAUUGUUUAAUAUAAUAUUAAUGUCGCUGUAACAUCAGAGCUACAAAUAUAUACGUUUAUGGUUUUGCUUUGCAGUAAACGUUUUUCUUUUUGUGAUUCGGGACGUUGCAUUUAUACAAGUAGAAAAGAGCUUUAACGUAAGUCUUUUGAUAUGUUAAAUUAAAUAUAUCGAAGCUCUUUUCCUGUUAUAUUUUUCUGUUUAUGGUAUUGUUGUUUUAUUUAUAGACUAGAUACGGUUUAGUGUAAGCAUUUUUGUUAGCAUGGCUUCUUCGUUUAAAAUCGGAGAGAAAUUUAAAAAGGUGGUGAAAGAUUUAAUGAACAAGGAGUCUUCUAUAUCGGAAGAACUAAGGGAAGAAUUGGAGAACCUCAAAAGUCAGUCCACAGUACCAUUCAAGACUGUUAGGAAACUCCACAAGCUUCUGCAGGCAAAUGCAGGAAACCCAGUUUAUCUACAUGAGCUGUUUGAGGACAGCACACUUUACCUCCCAGAAGUUAUAACACCUCCAAGAAAUCCCCAGCUGGUGGCCAGGCUAGAAAAGAUUAAAGCCAAACUAGCCAAUGAAGAAUACAGGAGAAUUACAAGGAAUGUUAAUCCACAGGAAAUUUGUCGUCAUGGAACCUUUGCAGACUUUGGAAGACAAGUGCGUUCUGUGAAGGCAGUGGUCCUUACUGUAUUCAACUUCCUGAUAACUGUAAUUGCAGCAUUUGCCUGUUCUUAUCUUGGCAGCCAGUAUAUCUUCACUGAGAUAGCAGCGAGGGUAAUAGCAGCAGUGAUUGCAGCAUCUGUUGUUGGUCUAGCGGAGCUUUACGUCCUGGUUCGAACUAUGGAGGGAGAGCUUGGAGAGCCCUAAAACAUAUAGCAUCUCUUAACACGUCGAACGCUUUUGUGUAUUUCAGUUACUAGGAACAAUUUACAGAUAGUUAUUGCUGUCAAUGGGGAAGUGUGAGUUUUUUCUUGUGCCUCUAGUGGUGUCAGUUUUGUAAACACUCAAAACUAAACAGAGGUGCCGUGUUUGGAAGCACAUUUAUUUGACUAUAAGGUAUUUAACUAUAAUGAAGUACUUGCCCAGCAAUAAAAGUAUUCUUUUGGAAACCACUUCUUUGAUUGGAAGGCACUGUAAGGUACUUUUCGUAAUGUUAUGUUUUUAUUUGUUAUGUUAGUCUUUGUAUGUGUACAUGAUUGUAAAUUAAAAUGAAUAAAGAAAAUAAAAAUGUUAGCUAGAACAUUAGCA